AUGAUGGAGCAAAUGCUUUCGAAGGGACUUGAAGAGAAAUUCAACGCCGCCAUGGCCUACAAGAGCGAGAAUCCCUCCUCUCCACGGGACCACAUGCACUCUGUGCACGGAUCCUCCGAUUCUGGAAACAUUUCCGGCGAAGAGCGGCCAGAAAUCGACUACAACGACGUCAAGCAACAGGUGCAAAGCUCCAUCCGAGCUGGUUCCAAGCGAACACCUGAAGAAAUCGAAGAAGCUAUCAUGCGAAAGAAGCUCCGCAACCGAGAAUCCGCCCAGCGAGCUCGAGACCGACAAAAAGCUCGGAGAACCUCCUCCUCCGACAAGUUCUUGGAGAACAAGGACAAAAUCAACGAGCUCGUCCGACGAGAAGAAGAACGAAUGAAUCGAAAGUCCGAAUCCGUCAAAGUUGAAAAAUGCGAGACUCCAAAGAAGCCUGCUUUCUGGAGACCUGGCAUUGAUGAAACACCGGCUCCAGCGAAAACUCCAGUUCUUUCUGCCGAAGAACAGCUUGCCAAGAUGCGACUUGCUUUUUUGCCAGAAUCGAGUGCCUCACAAGCCGCUUCUAUUCCAGCGUACAACCCUCAUCUAUCGCUUGAGGCUUCUUCUGUUCGACUCGCACAAGGAUCACCAUACUUUCCUCUUGGAGCCAGCCUCUCAUCCGCUUACAACGGAGGCCUCUCUAACGAUCACCUUCUCCUCGCACAACGACUACGACACAAUCAAGUCCUCGCCUCGGAGCAAUAA